GGAGCGACCAUAGGAGCGACACUCAGGACGUGUGAUCAACUGGAAGUGGUAGUUAGUUAGUUAGCUAUGUCAAAAUUAAACAGAAUUAUUUGGCCCAAAGUCGUGCUGUUUGGGGACUCUAUCACACAGUUUGCUUUCCAAGCUAACGGAUGGGGCUCUGAAAUAGCAGAUAAGCUUGCCAGGAAAUGUGAUGUCAUGAAUAGAGGGUUGUCUGGUUACAACACCAGGUGGGCUAAGAUUGCACUACCUCGCAUCAUCGACAACAGCGCUGCAGAUUCAAAUAUUGCAGCUGUCACCAUCUUCUUUGGGGCCAAUGACUGUUCUUUAGCAGAGAAGAACCCGCAACAGCACGUGCCCCUGCAGGAGUACACGCAGAACUUGAAGGACAUGGUCUCCCAUCUAACUGCUGUGGGUGUGUCCGCAGACAAAGUCAUCCUCAUCACUCCCCCGCCUCUCCACGAGCCUGACUGGGAGAAAGAGUGCCACGGGAAAGGCUGUUCUCUGAACCGUAUGAAUGCGGUGGCCGGUCAGUACGCUGAGGCCUGCGUCCAGGCAGCAGGGCAGUGUGGGGUGGAGGUGCUGGACCUCUGGACACUCAUGCAGAGAGAUGGCCAGGACUUCUCCGUGUACCUGUCUGACGGACUGCACCUAUCCGAUAAAGGCUGCCAGUUUGUGGCCAAGCACCUGUGGGCCCUGUUGGAGAAGCGAGUGGAUCCAUUACCCUUGAUCCUGCCCUACUGGGGGGAUGUGGACAACAAGGAGCCAGAGCCUUGCCUGCUGAGUCACAGCUGCAGUGACCAAUGAAGAGUGGACUACAGGCAAUGCCCCUCCUUUGCCAGGGCAUUCCUUGGUAAUGUUUUUACUGCACUGUAGCGGACAGUGUUUCACAAUGCCUGCAAGAACUAUUGGGAAUUUUAGAGUACAAUAGUCCAGUUGUACCAGUUUUUAGCAGAAAUGACUAAUAACAAUGUGGCCACAGUACAGAGGUUCAAAAUAAAUCUUUAUUUGGACAUUUGUGUUGAACAAUCAGCACAAGUCUGAUUUGGAAGAACACCUUCAAUAAAAUAAAGCAUUGUUUUUGUAAUAUAGAACCAUACACAAGUGAGCACUGAGCACAUAGUGCAAGCAAAAGUUCUACAAAUACUGAGAUGUAAUUUUUUGUAGUUGCUGAGUUCCCAUUACGUUUGGUAAAGUGAGGCUGGUUGCUUGUUUCCUUACAAUUCUAAUUCAAGCAAGUGCAUAAUCUUCAACCAGAAUAAAAAAGGGAACAUUCGCAACCAAGUGUCAGUUUUUUGACUGACUUAGUGUUAUAAGUAUGCAGCUGGCACCAGGACGCUUUAGUGGUGACAGGAAGAAACUGAGUGAGGGCUCUCACCUGAUAUAACUGUGUCGGCAGAGCCCUGUUUCACCAGCUUUCUCUCUAACUCAACUACAGAAUGUACUCAACCGAAUAAUAAUUAUUUCACAGCAAGGAACUUUUUGCACAACAUGUGACCAUUGCUGAGAUAAGUGCAACAUUAGACACUGAGUAGUCUUUGCAACAGGAAGGUAUAGUAGUGCAUCCACUUAUACAGAACACUGCAAUUUCAACUGUACAGUAAAUUGUGUUAAUAGUGACACUGGUACAUCUCACAUUUUUUGUUAUUCAGCUAGACAUUAGUGGUCAAUUUCACAACAUACAUACAGUAUUUUGGCUGAAUUACAGAAAGGCACUAUUUACCACAACCAAAGGCAUUGUCAGACAAAAUACUUGAAUAAUCACAGACAGCACACAAAGUAUUGACUGGGCGGCAGCAUAAAUGUACCCAUUUAUAGACGAUUAUUAAAGUUUUGACUUUUGUUUUAAA